AUGAAAUUCGACGCAUUUCUUGCCACGGUCGGCGAUUGGGGUAAAUUUCAGAAAGUGAAAUAUACUCUGAUAUGUCUAACGUAUAUGUUGCCACCAAUUAUGGUGUACACGUAUACGUUCACUGCUGCGACACCUAACUUUCGAUGUCAGAAUCCCGAUCUAUUGCAAACAGAUAGUUACAAUAAUGACUCGAAUUACAAUUAUAAUAAGAAAUAUCAACCAACAGAAGCUCAAUGUAAUAAGGAACAAAAGCAUGUAUCAAUUAGAGAAUGUCAACGAUGUUAUAGACAAAGCUUAGCAGAUGAUCGAGAUGGCUUAAACAAAUUAGAAAGUUGUAAUAAAUAUACUUACGAGAAACUUUAUUACGAAAAAACAUUGGUUGAAGAAUGGAGUAUGAUUUGUGAUCGAGUUACCUAUCGCUCAGUCGUUCAGAUGAUUUUCUUCGUUGGUUACAUGGUUGGCUCAAUAGUGUUCGGCAUGCUGGCUGACAAGUACGGCCGUCGCCCGAUCAUGAGUGUUAGUUUUAUUUUAAUGACUUUCUCGGGAUUUUUAUGUGCGUUCGGUCCACAAGAAUCAUUUGGAUUUUGGCCUUCGUACCUUAUUUUUAUUAUCGCACGAUUUUUAUUGGCUUGUUCGACGCGAGGUAUAUCUGUUUCUGGUUUUGUCCUUGGCUCUGAAAUCGUCGGUCCAAGUAAACGCUUAUUGACUGGAAUUGUUAUUGAAUACUUUUUCGCUUUUGGUCAGUUAUUUCUUGUUGCUUUUGCAUAUUUUAUCCGCACAUGGAGAACAUUAACAUGGGCAAUUUCGAUUUUUACUAUUCCUUUCAUGUUCUUUUACUUUAUUUUACCGGAGAGUCCUCGUUGGCUUGUUAGUAAAGGACGUUUUGAGGAUGCUGAGAAAAUCCUACGCAAAAUAGCGCAUGAUAACAAACAACCAUUUAGUGAAUCUGCUUUCCGCGAGAUGAAGGAAGAACAAGAGCAAAAUAUGUCGAGUAAGCAACAUCAAGGUGGUGUUAUGACUCUAUUUCGAUCGAGAAUCAUGCUGAUUAUCAGUGUUAACCUCUUCUUUCAAUGGCUCGUACAAAAUCUUGUAUUUUACGGUGUCUCGCAAAAUACCGGGUCUUGGAAGUUAAAUCCAUAUCUCUCAUUCACUGUCAGUGCGCUAGUCGAAUUAGCCGCAUACGUUGUCGUUCACCUCAUUCUCGAUCGUAUUGGUCGUAAGAAACCCUAUUGUAUGUUCGCAGUUCUAUUUGGUAUCGUUGCACUUCUUGCUAUACCCAUUCAGAAGUACACGACUAAAGAUAGCACAGUACAAGUGGUUUGGAUGAAUAUUAUCAAUGUUGCAUUGAAAUUUCUCGCGUCGGCAUCCUAUGCUAUCAUUUACAUCUAUGCUAAUGAACUAUUUCCAACAAAUGUUCGAAAUACAGGUAUGGGUAUCUGCUCUAUGGUUGCUCGUGUCGGUGCGAUUAUUGGUACGUUCUGCAACGAUUAUUUAACACGUAUUUGGCUCUACUUACCCAUAGUUCUCUAUGGUAUUGUUUCACUUGUGGCUGCUAUAUUAGCUUUAAUGUUUCCGGAAACAUUAAACAAACCAUUACCACAAACGGUCGGUGAAGUCGAACGCAUGGGUGUAAUGGGUUUACGAUCUAAACAACCGUUGAGUGUUAUUGGUGAAGGUGAAGCUUUGACAGGAAAAACUGAAGAUGACAUUCUAAAGGCAAAUCUAGCACAGGCGGAUCAUUAUGACGAUAAAUUGUAA